UAUUCUUAUGAUAUCUGUUUGUACUUCAACUAUUACUGGACCAAUUGAUAGUGUGUUAAGAUAUUCAACAAGAAAUCAUAUAUACCUUCUGGUUACUUCUCUACAACUUCCAAACUAUCAACAAAGAGCUCUGGCCUUUAAAAAUAAUAAGAUUACUAAUACUCUUGUAGAAAACUAUAGAGGGUAUAAAAGGGUUCUAGAAGUUUUAAAUGAUUGUUUGGCUGGUCAUAACAUUAAAGAAUGCAAUAUUGAUACUUUGAUGAAUAAUUUGCAUUAUAAUUUUACUAAAAAAUAUAGAAAUGCUAUUUUUGUUUCUGUAAAAGAAGCCAGGCCUAUU